CUGAUUUUUUAUGUUUUUUGCAUGCUUGUCACAUUUUAAUGUUUCAGAUCAUCAAAGAAAUUUAAAUGUUAAUCAAAGAUAACAAGUCAACACAACAUGCAGUUUUUAAAUGAAUGUUUUUAUUAUGAAGGGAAAACAAAAUCCAAACCCACAUGGCCUUGUGUGAAAAAGUGCUUGCCCCCUAAACCUAAUAAUUGGUUGGUCCACCCUUAGUAGCAACAUCUUCAAUCAAGCAAUAACUCGCGCUGGUCGAUCUCAUGCCUCCACAGUACCUUUCUUCCCCGAGGUGCAUGAAUAGAUUACAAGUUCUUGGGCAGCUCCUUUCUCCAACCGCAAUAGGCCUUGUAAGCCUUCGACCCUCACCACUCUCCAUGGCAGGGGUUAAGGGGUACACGGCUUUCCCGGCAGAGGAGCGGUCGGUUGCGAUGCAUCUGUAUCAAGCCACAGCUGCCUCCUGUGACCAAAACACAGCUAAACCAGCUUGCUACACCAGCAAAACCAGCUAAAACCAAUCUGGGAGACCAGCUAAAAGCAGCUUACCAGCUUAUGCUGGUCUUAGCUGGAUUUUUCAGUAGGGUAGAUACACCUGCUAACGGAGCAUUACAGUAAUCAAUACGGGAGAAAACAAAGGUGUUUAUCAGUUUUUCUGCCAAUGUAAAAGAUAACAUAUGAUGCAGUCUUGCAAUGUUUCUAAGAUGGAAGAAUGACAUUUUAACCGUGAUCUGUAAGUGGGGUUCAAAUGUAAGAAGCAAGAAUAACACUCAGGUUCUUCAGUUUUUGUUUUUUAAACUCUAGCACUAAGCCAUCUAUAUUAAUUGUUGCAUAGCCCGCUUUACGUAAUUGGUUAGACGAGCCAAACAUCACCCCCGUCUUUUCACUAUCCAGGCAGAGGUAGUUAUGAGCCAUCUAUACUUUUAUCUCUGAAACACAGUGUUUGAGAAAGGCAAUGGCUGUGUAGUCACCUGGUUCAGAAUGAAUGUAAAUCUGUGUGCCACCUGCAUAAACGUGGCACAAAGAUCAAUAACAGACCAAAAGGCAGAGGUAAGUGAUCAUAAUAAAAGAGGUUUAUUGGAACACAGAGUAUAUAUGGCAAUGGUGAAGGCUUCUGGGGUGAGUAUGCGAAUAUUGUGAAUGUCCAGGGCAGACUGUCUUUGUGAUAAUCAGUCUUUGUAUUUUCCAGGGAAUCGAAUGGUGCAAGGUGAGACGAAGAGAUGACAGAGGAUAAGGUCUUAGUAGAGCUUGGUAAACAGUAAGACAACAGGUAAGUAAAAUACAAUAUUUGGGUAAAAAAAUGGUAUAGUUGAACCAGACGGUGACUGAGUGCUGGCUGAUGAGGGCGAACAGGUGCGUGUCGUUAAUACUCAGGUGAGGGUGAUCUGUGGCUGGUGGAUGGUGAUGGCUCCUCUGACUCCCUGACAAAAACAAACAGCACACGUUGUAAUAGCUCUCAGUGUAAGGGGAAAGAAGGAGAUCAACUUGUUCCCCCAACUUCAUGAGAAUAGGGGAUGGUUUAAAAGCGUUAUCAUCAAUAGCUAACACACCAAAACCUCAAGAGCUUAGGAUCAACACGUCUGAUACACAGAGAUGAAUCUGCACACUUUUCUUUUUGUGGUGAGCUGUUGUGUCUUAACACCGUAUGCUUUAGUAAAUGAAGAAAGUGCUGAAAGCCGAAUCAUUCUGGAAUCAUUUGAGGAAGCAAAAAAAAUAGUAGAUUCUGCUUACAAAUUUUCUCGUGAUGAGAGUUUAGCAAGGGUGCGCAAAGAUGUGAUCAAUCCUUCUGACAAAUUUUGCCUGCUGAGACAACCGGCUCGAAAAACACGUGAAGCUGUGAGAGCCGCAGACUACAUGGCACAAACGCUGAGACUGAUCUCUGAGAAAACUCAUCAUGCACACAAGAGAUCCAUUAAUGCUACAAACUUGCUUACUCCUGAAGAACUUAACACCAUCAUGCGUCUGACCGGUUGUUCUGCUCAAACUCGGCCCCCGUCUUGUAGGACCACACCCCUCAUAAACAAGUAUCGGACUGCCACCAGUGUAUGCAACAAUCGGAGGAACCCACUGCUUGGUGCAUCUAACACCCCUUUCACCCGUUGGCUGCCUGCUCAAUAUGAGGAUAAUGUCUCGCAGCCCAAGGGGUGGAACCCCAACAAAUUGUACAAUGGUGCAGCAUUGCCCCUGGUCAGACUGGUUUCCAAUCGUAUUCUGAGCACUGCAGAUGCCAAUGUAACCAGUGAUCGUGAGUUCAGCUACAUGCUCAGCAUCUUUGGCCAGUGGAUCAACCACGAUUUGAGUCUUGCACCCUCUUCACCAAGCAUUAAAUCCUUCAGCAAUGGCCUUAACUGUGUCGAGAGCUGUGAGCGUUCUGAACCCUGUUUCCCAAUCCAGGUCCCUAAAAGAGACUCCCACCUGAGUCCAAACUCCUGCAUGCCAGUUUUCCGAUCAUCGCCUACCUGUGGUUCCGGGAACACUGCCUAUAUGUUCGGAGGUUCAGCCAAUGUUCGUGAACAGAUCAAUUCUCUGACAGCUUUUCUAGAUGCUGGACAGGUUUACGGGUCGGAGGACGGACUGGCAAAGGACCUGCGUGACCUGAGCAAUGAUGGCGGUCUACUACGUGUCAACAAACAGUACAGUGAUAAUGGACGAGAGCACCUACCCUUUACCAGCGUAAAUAGCAACAUGUGUGCCACACGUAGGCAAACACUCAAUGAUACGAGUCUGACAGAGGUGCCUUGCUUUACUGCAGGUGAUGAUCGUGUUAAUCAGAACAUCGUUAUAACCUCAUUACAUAUAUUAUUCAUGAGGGAGCACAACCGAUUGGCUCGUGCCCUCCGUAUACUUAACCCAAGUUGGAGUAGUGAAACCCUCUAUCAGGAGGCACGAAAAAUUGUGGGUGCCUACCACCAGGUGAUGGUAGUACGAGAUUACCUGCCCCACAUUGUGGGCCCUGAUACUUUCAAUAGACGCUUUGGUGUAUAUCCAGGUUACAAUGAGAGUGUGGACCCCAGCAUUGCUAACGUCUUUGGCACUGCAGCAUUUCGCUUUGGCCACCUGACCAUCCAACCCAUGGUAUUUCGUCUUGAUGAACACUACCAGAACCAUCCUCAGUUUCCAAGCGUGCCCCUUUUUGAGGCCUUCUUUUCACCCUGGAGGGCAAUCUUUGAGGGCGGUAUAGAUCCUCUGCUCCGUGGAUUAAUCGGCCAGCCGGCAAAAUUAAAUACACAGGAUCACAUGAUGGUAGAUGCUCUUAGAGAGAAAAUGUUUGCCUUUAUAAGCCCCAUAGCUUCGGAUCUCGCCUCCCUUAACUUGCAAAGAAGCCGUGAUCACGGUAUACCAGGCUAUAAUGCAUGGCGUCAAUUCUGUGGACUCUCCACCCCUGAAAAUGAGACUGAAUUGGCUGUAAUGAUGAACAACACUAAACUGGCACACCAGCUUGUAAAGCUUUACGGCAACCCUGCAAACAUUGAUGUCUGGCUGGGAGGCGUCGCUGAGCCUUUUGUACCCGGUGGACGUGUCGGCCCUCUUUUUGCCUGCCUUAUCUCUAUGCAGUUCCAGCGCAUCCGUGAGGGUGACAGGUUAUGGUGGGAGAACCCUGGAGUGUUUACCAAAAAACAAAGAACCUCACUUGCCACUACAUCUUUGGCACGCAUCAUCUGCGACAACACAGGAAUUAGUAAAGUUCCCAAAGAUCCCUUCCGCUUCAGCAAACCCUCCAGUUAUGUUAACUGUAAAAAUAUCCCAGCCUUUGAUCUCAGCCCUUGGAUUGAGACUGGUGUCUGUGGCGUCGGCAAUUCAGACAGUGGAAAUGAGAUACCGCAGAGUCUUUCUAAGGGCCCACCGGACCACCAGGGGGACAAGGUCAAAAGUGGGUAGCAGUUCUCAUGCAGAGGAACUCUGAUUGUGGACACUAUGGCUUUAAAGAAAAAUCAGAUUGCACAGCUGAAGGGCGGGUCAUUUUAAAGCUACAGAAAGGAGACUGUCUGUGAAUAGAGGUUUCUCUGGGUGCAAUUGGUAUAAGCAGGUCCAGCUACUUCUCUGGCCUAAUUCUCUUCCUUGUUUGAAGCAUUUAUGUACCAUUUUCAUUU